UGGCCAAGGCAGACCUGUUACACUUGCCUGAGUUAGGCAUUGUUUGCCAUGCCACUAAACCUGCCGUCAAGUGAAACCUUCAUUGGGGAAAUGAGAUCGGAGUCUGAACCGCAGAAGAUGGACGCCCUGUCUCUGUUUUUUAUUGUUUUACUUUAAUUUCAUUUCUUUUUCUUUAUUUUGUCCCUUUUUUUUUUUUUGUUUUUGUUUUUGUUUUUGUUAUGUUAAAUCUCUUUCACUUUAACUUGUGAGCUGGUUUUCCAGUUCUUUGUAAAUGGUAUUCCAUUAAGGUUCAUAACGUGUUGCAAAUUAUAUUGGGAGAUAAUUAACACAGCUCAACCUUAAGACAAAAUAAAUUUUUCAUGCAAUAAAUUAGAAUAUAGUGUUGAGUACCUUAGUGUGAGUCUUAAUUGGUGUAUAUAGAUUGAUCAGGUACAUUUUAUACUUGAAACAUUCAAACACUCAUAAAGAUCUUAGGAACACUUCCUGAUCUUAGGAUAAUAUUUUUGUAGUUUUUUUCCCCCCAAGUUUGUAUCGCUCAUAAAAAUGAACGAAUGACUUCUAAUUUUCAUCCUUCCCCCCUGAAUUUUAGGCAUACAAAAUCAUCAAGGAAAAUAAGCAAAUUUCUUACAAUGUGGGGAUAGGGAGAAAAGUCUUUCAUUUUUAUGAUUGUUUAUUAUACAACUUAUUUCCUUGUUUUAUGAAGACUUUGUUGCCUAUUUGGGGAACAGAUAUUUGAGAAACUAUUGAUUAUUUGUGUGUGUGUUUUUCUGUUUGCUUGAAUUUUUUGUUGAAAAUCAGAGGUUACCAGUUUCUAAAUAGCUUUUGAGGUUAGGACUCACUUUAGUAAUAUGAGAGAUACUCUUUUUCCUUCCAUUAUUAAGGAAUACAGUUUGGGAAAAAUGCUAAAUUUGAUUGUUGAAAUACUUAUAUACUCUGAUAUUAUUUAGAGGAUAAAUUUGAUAGGAUUUUAUUUUGGAAAUUGAGCAGUGGAACUUUUUCUUAAAAUACCUUUAAUAGAAUAAGACAAAAGUAUUACUGAGUGUAGAGUUGUAGAUUUAUAGUAGUUCAUUACUCUUAUGAAAGACAGUCUGACAGCCUUCUGGUAUUGAAGCCAAAAGUAGGACUUCCUAAUACUAAGUGAUCAACUUUUGGCCCAUUUAAAUCCCCUUUUUGUUUGUAUAAUUGUUCUGCACUAUAUAUGGAUAUUUUGGCUUAUUAAUUGACAAGUAAUAUUAAGUUUGGAACUCAUUUUUUUUUGAAGCAUAGGGUUUUCACCUCAGGACUACAGUUUUAUCAAGGGUGUUCAGCUUUUACAAACCUUUUUUUAAAAAAAAAAUCUAUAUAACAGAGUGUGGUAUCAGUAUAAAUAGUAUAGUAUCAAUGUGGGUAUACAAAAAUACAUGUGUUAAUACUAGUAACUAACACGUACAAUAUAGGUUGUUAUUUAAUGUCUUCAAUAAGGCCUACCUACUUUUCAUUUAUCUUUAUGCAUGUUAAAAAAAUCUAUUCUGUCAGAAUUUACAUUGAAAUAAUGAAGUAACUUUGAAAUUAGGCAAAGUAAUACAAACUUAGAUGCUACAGAGUUCUUAAAGCUACUACAAUGUACCUUUUAUUUUGUUCCAGUAGAUAAGACAACCAACAUUUAAAGCAAGUUUUAAAUUCCAUCUUGAAUUCUAUCCAUAUUUAGAGAUAUAUUCAGAUAAUAAUGUUCAGAGAUUCAUCUCUCUGCACAUGAUUGUUUUAAAUAGGAUUUUUACCACUGAAACCAGGCAUGGUGCUUUUGAAAAUUUACUACAUAUAUUUCAGCUUAGUGUGAUUUUUGUACACUAUUUUAAAACAUUUUUGACAAGUUCAUAAUGGAAAUGCUUAGCCAACUACAGCAUGACUAAUUCUUCUAAAUAUAUCUACACUUAGUCAACUUUUUCAGAAUUUUUUUUGCUAAGAUAAAAAUGUGUGAAAGUUGCAGUCUUAAUCAAAAUUUUAUUUGAUUAAGGGCUGGGGAUAUAGCUCAGUUGGUAGAGUGCUUGCCUUGUAAGCACAAGGCCCUGGGUUCAAUCCCCAGCACUGAAAAAAAAAAAAAGUUAUUUGAUUAAAAUCAGCGGUUAUAAGGCAAACGAUGUAAUUCAGAGUGAAUUUUUCAUCUUUUAGGUUGUAGGCAUUUUUUUUUUUGUUUUAAGUUUUUUUAGUGUUACCAUUGUUAUUAACCAUUUAAAUGUUUAUAAGCAAGACAUUUAAACAUUAAUCAUUUCUCUUCAGAUAAGUAUAUGUAAAUUGGUUCUAAAAGUUAAAUUUUAAGAUGUUUCCUGACACUAGGGAUUUUUUUUUUGUCAUUGUUCUUAUAGAUUUUUUGUGAUCCCCCAACCCCCAGUUAUAUUCUUUGAAACUGGAUUCUUUUUAGGCAUCAUUGAUUGUUGUUGGUGAGAUGCCUUAUUAACAAAAUGGGUGUAGGCUUCCUUUAAAUUGAAGCUGACUACGUGAAGUAGGUUUAUGUUUUCUUCUGUUUAUUUGAACUUGAAUCUGUUGGAGGGUUAUCACAAUUGUUUGCAUCACAAGAAGGUAGUUUCAGUAACAGAAUAGGGGCACUCAUUAAGGAACAAGUUUCAAUUCGCACAUAUUUGUUUUUUCUUUUUCUUUUUUUUGACUAAUUUGGUUAUUUGCCAUUUCUGGGGAUUAAACUUUAAAAAAUGUUCUUCUUUUCUGUAUCUGAUGUUCUGUGUGCUAUUAGUGAUGCAGCCAACACGAACGGUUGUCAUGUGUAACACAACUUUCGAUCACCGCGAAAACAGCGUCCUGGGAAAGCGUCCAUGCUUGAUAUCGUUUGGUUCAUGAACAUUAAGUUUCCAGUACAGGUAAAAUCCCAGAGGAAUCGAAAGCGCUCUCUUUAUUGGCUCCUGCUCCAACUAUGACAAGUCUGAUGCCUGGUGCAGGAUUGCUUCCCAUACCAACUCCUAAUCCCUUGACUACUCUUGGUGUUUCACUUAGCAGUUUGGGAGCUAUACCAGCAGCUGCACUAGACCCCAAUAUUGCAACACUUGGAGAGAUACCACAGCCACCACUUAUGGGAAAUGUAGAUCCUUCCAAAAUUGAUGAAAUUAGGAGAACAGUCUAUGUUGGAAAUUUGAAUUCCCAGACAACAACAGCUGAUCAACUACUUGAAUUUUUUAAACAAGUUGGAGAAGUGAAGUUUGUGCGGAUGGCAGGUGAUGAGACUCAGCCAACUCGGUUUGCUUUUGUGGAAUUUGCAGACCAAAAUUCUGUACCAAGGGCCCUUGCUUUUAAUGGAGUUAUGUUUGGAGACAGGCCACUGAAAAUAAAUCACUCCAACAAUGCAAUAGUAAAACCCCCUGAGAUGACACCUCAGGCUGCAGCUAAGGAGUUAGAAGAAGUAAUGAAGCGAGUACGAGAGGCUCAGUCAUUUAUCUCAGCAGCUAUUGAACCAGAGUCUGGAAAGAGCAAUGAAAGAAAAGGCGGUCGAUCUCGUUCCCACACUCGCUCAAAGUCCAGGUCUAGCUCAAAAUCCCAUUCUAGAAGGAAAAGAUCACAGUCAAAACACAGGAGUAGAUCCCAUAACAGAUCUCGUUCAAGACAGAAAGAGAGACGUAGAUCUAAGAGCCCACAUAAAAAACGCUCUAAAUCAAGGGAGAGACGGAAGUCAAGGAGUCGUUCACGUUCUCGGGACAAGAGGAAAGAUACUCGAGAAAAGAUCAAGGAAAAGGAAAGAGUAAAAGAGAAAGAUAGAGAAAAGGAAAGGGAAAAAGAGAGAGAAAGGGAAAAGGAACGUGAAAAAGAAAAGGAACGGGGCAAAAACAAAGACCGGGAUAAAGAACGAGAAAAGGACCGGGAAAAGGACAAAGAAAAGGAAAAAGAGAGAGAGCGAGAAAAAGAGCAUGAAAAGGAGCGAGACAAAGAGAAGGAAAAGGACCAGGACAAAGAGAAAGAACGAGACAAGGACAGAUCCAAAGAAUUAGAUGAAAAAAGAAAGAAGGAUAAAAAAUCCCGAACACCACCCAGAAGUUAUAAUGCUUCAAGAAGGUCUCGGAGUUCCAGCAGGGAAAGGCGUAGGAGGAGGAGCAGGAGUUCUUCCAGAUCACCAAGAACGUCAAAAAACAUAAAAAGGAAGUCUUCUAGGUCUCCAUCACCUAGGAGCAGAAAUAAGAAAGAUAAAAAGAGAGAAAAAGAAAGGGACCACAUCAGUGAAAGAAGAGAGAGAGAGCGUUCAACCUCCACAAGAAAGAGUUCUAAUGAUAGAGAUGGAAAGGAGAAGCUGGAGAAGAAUAGUACUUCAGUUAAAGAGAAGGAGCACAAUAAAGAGCCAGAUUCAAGUGUGGUCAAAGAAGUAGAUGAUAAGGACGUACCAAGGACUGAGGAAAACAAAGUACAGCAAAAUGGGAAUUGUCAACCAAAUGAAGAAAACCUCUCUACCAAAACAGAAGCAGUAUAGGACCGUCUUAUGCACCUCUACACUCAAUGGUGGAAUAAAAUCCAAAGCUUUUAAUUCUCAACAAGAUGUAAACAGGGAAGAAAUCUAGCCGAGUAUGAAGUUAGAGGCUAACAGCUUUUCUAAUUGUUAGGUGAUGUUAUGGACAUCUUGUUACUGAGUAAGAAAAUAAAGCAUGGACAUCAUGAAAAUACCAGAUGUUACCCAAACCCCUCAUCUUAUAAAAACUGUGUUUCCAUGGUGGCUGACACACGUCAUGUGAUUUGUUAGUGUUUGCCAAGAACCAUUGCAAAUAAAUUAAACAUCAUUGAUCCAAAUUUGUACUUUCCCUAAAGACUGGAGGUAAACAUUGGAGGCUCUUUAAAAAAAAAAAAAAAAAAAAAAAAAAAAAAAAGCUAGUUAUUGAAUUUUGUAUUGUUUUACUUUUUUUAAAAAAAAAUUUCAUUAUAUACAGUUUGAUGAUGUGCUUGAAAUUGGUGCAAAUAUAUACACACCCUUGUUAAGUGCAAAGUAUGUAAGAAGUUUUAACAUUUACUUCACAGGAUUUACAGUGAUUGUGUUAAAUUCUCACUCUUGUGUUUUCUUUUGCUCACUGUUUAGGACAACAGUUUUUCUUUAAAAUAGUUUUACAGAUUAAAAUUGCUUAAAUAAGUGGAUUAAGAAACAACUGACAAUGCAUGCUACUGUUCUCUUUCAAAAGGAAGAGCAACUGUGUUGAAUACUAAUAAUAAUGUAUUAGUAUUCAGUGUUUAGAAUCAUUGGGUCUACCCACAAAGUAAGCAUUUCUUUUUGAACUUUCUUGACAUUUCCAAGUUUAUUAUGAAUAAUAUUGCAGUGUGACUUGUCAGCUGUAGGUGGCAAAGAUGCCCUCAUAAAAAGGAAACUGGGUUUUCAAAAUGGGCUAUGGGAGCACAAGCUGAAGCUUUAGUGCCUUCUACAAUGUGGUAUACUGUUUUCUAGAAUUUUAUAUGUGCUUGUCAUUCUCAAUUCAUAUGGAAUCUAGAUAUUCACACCCAUAGAGAAGUGUGCAAGUGGUAUGUCAGAAGAGCUUACUUAGUUCACCUCAUAUGAGAAGGAAGUUCUGUUUUCAAGACUGACUUUCAAGUUUAAAACAACUGCAGUUUUGGGACCAUCAGUUUUAUACUGUGAUAACUAAAAAUGAGACAUGCUCUGUUUUCCUCAAAUCAAAGGAAACCUUUCAGUUGACUACAUUGGAUGGCCUUAAUUAUUACCUCUCAAUCAUUUUCCCAUAAACAAUGUGCAGAAAUUAUACUUGAGGGCAAGGAGUAUUUGGGAGGUUAUUUGUUUUGUUUUUAAGACUAUGUUUACUUGAGUUUAAGAUAUUGGUCAUCCAUCAUUCACUUUUUGCAGAAAGUAUGCAAGUAGUAAAAUGACAACAUUGCUAAUUUUUCCCCCCCAAAACUUUAACUUGUAGUUUCUGAACUCUUUUCAUUAUUGUUAUAUUUCCAAAAGUACUUUUAAUUAGCAUUUUAUUAAAAAUCAAGUAUAAUUAUUUUAAUGCAAUCUAAUACAAUCAAAUUACUCAGUUGCCUUACCUCAUGGGAUGAGUUACUUUUAUAGAUUUAAAAAGUUAAGUAGCAUGUUAGUUACUUGGUUUCAACUUGAGUUUUUUUAAAUGUUAAUACUGUUGAAACUUAAGUAUUUGGUGGAGAAUGGAAAGAGUUGUUCUUUUUGCAAGUUAUGAAGCCUGGUUUGAUUAUGAAGCUGCUUAAUCAACUUCAUGUGUUCAGAAUUACUGUGUUUUGUUUUGUUUUUUUUUUUUUUUUUCCUUUUUGGUCACUGUGUACAUUAAAAUUUUGGAAAAUGCUUUACUAUGUAAAGUAUAGGUGGUCAUUUUAAUCAUUCAACCACAUAAGGUUGGCUGGUAAACAGCUUAUUCUAAUACAAGAAUGCUUGGGUGUAUAUGGAAAGAUUGUGAAGGAGUGUGUGUCUUGCAUCAACAGCUGUCUUAUUUAUGAUAUGUAAGUAGAAUAGAGCAAAUGUUGUUUGAAUCUGUUAUUUUUAGUACCAUUUCUCUAAUAAAGCUAAGUAUUUUAGAGGAAAGUAGUUGUUUAUACAUUUCAAAACAUCUUAAUUUUCAUCCUGCUCUAGUAGAUUUAGUUGGCACAGAGAUUGUUUUGACAUGGAGAGUGUAUGUUUGUGUGAUAUCUAUCUACAAAUCAAUCAUUUCAAGUUAAAAUAUUUUCUUGUACUGUGGACUCUUUUAAUGUUAGAAAUUAAUAUUUAAUUUUAUUCCUGCCACUAAUUUUGUUUUUCGUGCUGAUGAUAUUUAUUCAGCUUUAAAAUAAUCAUACUGAUUUUGAAAGAGUGAUUUUCAAAAGCUUGAGAAUGGGUCUGGGGCUGUAGCUCAGUGGCAGAGUGCUUGCCUAGCACGUGUGAGACUCUGGGUUUGAUCCUCAGCACCAUGUAAAAAUAAAUAAAAUAAAACCAUGUUGUCUAUCUACAACUACAAAAAAAUUUUCUUUUUAAAAAGCUGAGAAUCUAGGAAUACAAGAUUUGACAUUUUCUUACAUGGAAGCAAAGCCUUCUAGGGUUUAGAGAUUGUGUGUGUAUGUGAGACAGAAUGAGUUCUCUUUGUUCACUGAGAGAUGACAUGUUUCCAUUUGUUUAUUAUUUUCUUUAAAGGUAUUUUGAUUUUUUUCCUUUAAGGCUAUUUCUUUUCAUCUCCCAGGUAGAUGUUGUCAGGAAAACUUGAGGUAAGGCUAAAAAGACAGCCCUUUUACACUUCAUACCUUCUGUGAUUCUUUUUAAGCUUGAUUAUACAGAGAAGACACUCUGUUCCUUAAAUCGUACUUCAGCAAUGCUUGCUGAAGUGUAACAGGUCUUUCAUAAGCUAGCCAGUCAGUUUCGUGUGUGAAAACUUGCAAAUCCUUAACUUCUACAUUUAUCUCCUUAGCUACUAUUUUCCAUCUAAUCUGAUUUAGCUUAUAAUCGGGUCAUCUUGUGACUUUGCCCAUGUUUAGAAUUCUUCUUUUGAAGAAGUGUCUGCCUUGAUUUUCACUGUCAGAAGCUUAAAUUUUGACAUGCUCAAUUAAAAAUAAAAACUGGUAUUUAUAACCAAAAGGUUAUUUUGUCAAGAAAAUAAUUUCUUUUGUGAUAUAAAUCAUUUUCAAGAACCUCAAUCAUUCCUAUGUAUGUGUAUGUUGCUAUCUUUAUUUUAAAAAUUGAGAAAACAAAAAAACUGAUCCAAAUCUGCUGUCAACUGAGGAGAUUAUUCAAAUUUAAGGAUUUAAAGUAUAGUAAUAGGCUUUUAAAAGUUAGUUUUUGGAUCUGCACUGUAUUAUAAAUGCAGAUUGUUUUCAUUUAAUCAUUUUUAGUUGAGUUAGCAAUUAAAAUAAAUUCCUUUGGAGGGAUGCAUUUAAUAACAUUUCAGUGAGGCUAUUUCUUGUAUUUUCAUGGUAAAAGAUAGUAUUUGAUUUUAACUGAGUGGGUUAUGAAGUUGAGCCAUUCCUACAAAGUGAAAGUACAGUGAUCAUGUACUCUUUGUGUUUAAAUAUUUUUUUUGUUUUCACUACCUAUAUGUUUAGUAUUUUCAUAUGUUUAUUUACUAAUGUCAUAGUCACUUUGACUUAUUUUCAGAAUUCAAAAGUUAGUGCUCUAAAAAGGGCUAAAUUAUAUUUCUGGAAGCAGGAGUUUAGUAUAAAUGUAAUAAAGUAAUCUUUUAAAAACAAAACUGACUUCCCUACUUCAUCUUGGGUUUAUGGGUGAAAUUUUUGUUGUUUUCUUAGAAUACUUUUAUUGGUGAUUUUGCAUGAAGAGUAAUAUUUUAGAAAUAAAAGCUAAAGCCAUUUAUGGUUUUUGAUUCAUAUUUGGUCAGGUUAGAUAUAGUACCUAAUACACAUCUUUCCAUUCCAGUUUAACCCAUUUUUUUCUGUCAUCCCUGAUGUGGAAUGACCACCUAUAAAACCAUAAGUGGAGCAACAAGUAUACCACUUAUAAUAACUUUGAAGUAAUAGUUCUUAGGGGUCUAUUCUUUUGAGAAAAGUAAUAGGUGAGUGAUUAGAAUGUUUGAAAAUAUGUAAAGGACAUUUAAGAUCUAGACUAUGAUUUCCAAACUAUUUUGAUGCAUUUAUAUCAAUUUCAUUGAAAUAUUUAGAGAAUUGAAAACUUGGGACUUAAUAGGUUAGAUACCUUUAUAGUUUAUAUGUAAUACAUCCUUUCCUUUUGGGAGGUUGCUGGGGAUCAGACUUCGGCAAGUGUUCUACCACUGGGCUUCCCCUCCAACAUCUAAUGUAACAUUUUAAAAUACUUUUAAGUAGAUUUUUAAUAUGUUGCCUGAUUUUAAAAUUUAUGUCUAGUUAACAUUGUAAUUUGGAAAAUUGUCAAUUUUGAGGAGACUUCACAUAUUUUGCCUCUAAAUUUUAUUUCCCCAGGAUUAGGAUGAGUGUUAGUUCCUUCUAUUACUGAUUAGUUUUUAUUUGCUAGUUAGGUGAUUUUGUAACUAUGUAAAUUCAAAUUCAUGAAAACCAUACUAAAAGAAUUAGAAGAGAGUGAUUUCUACCAGUUUAGGGGUACUGGUAGGUAACAUUUUCAGAGAAUAAGCUAGAGAAUUCAUGAUUUCCACAAAAGGUUAAAUUUGAAUAUACUGUGUAGCUGUAUAAAUCAAUUUAAUAGUUAAAUAAUUAUCUUCCUAACCUUGAUGAGCUCAAUAGAACAGUGCUAUAGAUUUUCAAGGGAAGAGUUUAAAAUGUAAACAUUAAGAUUCUGCAUAGGUGGUGUAUAUUUAUGUUAGUAGGAUUACUUUUAAAUGGUACUAGUAAAGAUUUAUCAGAUGCUGCUGCUAUUAUGUUGCUAUAUUUUUAAUAAAAUGAAAAUUUUAAAAUCUA